CCGAAGGGCGUGGCCGGGGCUCGGUCCCGCCCCGGGCGUAGCGGGCUCGGGCGUGAGGGCCUCGGUCUCCACCUGGGACCCCCGCGUCGGGGCCGCAGCGUCGCGUUGCUGGCGCCGCAGGCCCAGUCAGGGAGUCCGAAGCGCUUGAGGCAAGAGAGCUGAAGGCCUCAGGGGAACACUGACCUAGUGACAUCUCAAUGGCUUUGGGAGAAGAAAAGGCGGAGGUGGAGGCCCCCACAGACACCAAGGCCCUGUCCUAUGGGCAGUGGAGCUGCAGGGAGCAGGAAGUGGACACCCCAGGGCUCACGAGCGGGGAGCAGGAGCAGCCACCACACCUGGAAGCUGAGGGCGGGCUUGCAUCCCCGGUGUGGGGAACAGAGGGGCUACCUGCCCCUGCCUGCUGUGACAGGGCUGGCCGCAGCCCCUCUGGAGCCUACCAGCCACAGGCCAACAACACCAGAAGGGAGCCAGUAGCUGGUAGAUCUAAGCCUGCUCUUGGUUGCCUGCUUCCUUCUGCUGGCCCGGGGACUGGAGACCUUUUGCACUCUGUGGAAAGCCAGAUGGAGGAGACCAGGCUUUCUGCCUCAGAGGAGCUACCUCAGACUCUUACUGUUCCCAGAGCCACAGGUCUCUGCUCAGGACAUGAUGCUGAUACCGAAGAUGACCCGUCCCCAGUUGAGUCGCCACGGGCGCUGGACCUCAGCCAGCAGCCUCACAGCUCAGGUUUCCCUUUCCCGACAAGAUGGAGGUCUGUGGUGAGCCAAGGGACUGCUGUUCCUCAGUUCUCCAGCCGCAGCGUCUCUGCCUCCUCCCCGGGCAGCAGUCUCCAGGGUCACCAGGAGAAGGCGGAACCUCAGAGUUGCUCCAUUGCCAAGGUCUCAUCCUCCCUGGAGCUGGCCAUGCCCCACUCAGCCCCCUCUGUGGGGUCAGGGCCACGGCUCCAGUGGUCACCACAGCCUGCGUCCUCUGGGGUUGAUGCUCCUGGGCUGGGCAGGAGGCGCCUCUCCUUCCAGGCCGAGUACUGGGCCUGUGUGCUUCCAGACUCCUUACCUCCUUCCCCUGACCGCCACUCCCCACUCUGGAACCCGAAUAAAGAGUACGAAGACCUGCUGGACUAUACUUACCCACUCAGGCCCAAGCCUCACCUCCCAAAGCACCUUGACAGCCACGUGCUGGCUGACCCUGUGCUGCAGGACUCAGGUGUAGACCUGGAUAGCUUUUCUGUUUCCCCCUCGAGCACCCUGAAGUCACCCACUAAUGGCUCCCAGAAUUGCCCAUCAGCAGAGGCCUCUGCCCUGCCAUUCUCUAGGCCCGGAGAUCCAAGCCUUAAGCGGUGGUCCUCUGGCAUACCCCAGAAGCAGGGCAGUGUGGGGUUGGCGUCUUGUAACCAGCUCACAUCUACCCCCAGAGCCCCGGGGGGUAGGGAUGCUCCUUGGGAGAGCAGAGAGCCAGCCCCGAGGGGUGUGAAGGCCUGGCUUGGGUACGUGGGCAAGCACCCUGAGGCGGGCUCUCCCCAGCAGAGGACAUGGGAGAGAGGGUGGCCCUUGCCCAGGACAGAGAGAGAGAAGGGAGCCAGCCAGGGUGUCUGGCAUCCUGCCUGCACAGAAUCUGGAUGGAAACCAGAAGAGGAGGUGGAAAGUGAUGACGAGUAUCUUGCCCUGCCCGCUCGGCUGACGCAGGUUUCUAGUCUGGUUUCACAUCUAGGUUCCAUCCCCACCUUGGUAACCCUGCCCACGGGGGCUGCCGAAGGGCAGACCUCCCUCGACGUGUCAGACAGCGAUGGGCCAGCUUCCCUCCCGUCGGACUCUAGCCAAAGCCAGCUUCCUUCUGAGGCUGCCCUCAGAGGGUCCAGGGGCCCUGAGGGCCAGAACCACCGUUUGCUCUGCUCCUUCAUCCAUGCAAGGGGCUCUGCAGGGGAAGGCGGUCUGGGGAACAGCCAGGCCCUGGGAGUCUCCUCUGGACCCCUGAGAGCACACUCUUCUUUGCCAGCUGUGUGGGAUCGGCAUGCGUUCUUAGACCUAGAUGCUGCAGGGCAGCCUCCUGGGAAAGGAGAGCCCGGAAAAGAAUCACUCGUGCAGUGUGUGAAGACAUUCUGCUGUCAGCUGGAAGAGCUGAUCCGCUGGCUGUAUAACAUAGCAGAUGUCACCGACCACCUGAUUCCAUCCAAGUCCAAUCUUACAGGUCUCAAGUCUUCUCUGCAGCUUUACCGGCAAUUUAAGAAAGAUAUAGAUGAACACCAGUCCCUGACUGAGAGUGUCUUACAGAAAGGGGAGAUUCUUCUUCAGUGCCUGUUGGAUAACACCCCAGUGUUAAAGGAUGUCCUCGGGAGGAUCUCGAAGCAGCCCAGUGAGCUGGAGAGCCAUGCAGAUCGCCUGUAUGAUGCCAUCUUAGCUUCCCUGGACAUGCUGGCUGGCUGCACCCUCAUCCCUGACACACCAGUGGCACACAGGAGCACCGACGUGAAGGGGAUUAGUCUGGUGAGUAGGCAACCCGAGAGAAGAAAACGUGUCCACUGGACCCCAGUGCCAGGUGAGGGUACAGAGCUCCUGCUCUAAAGGUUGACUGUCUCUUGGAAGACUGUUGAACCAAGAGUGACUGAAACAAUGAGAUGCUAGAAGACCCAGACGCUGAAAAAGGGAGAUGCUGCCAUUGCCAGGAAGAAGGUUGGGGGUCUUCCUGUGGGAAGCUGGCUCACUGAGGUGCUUUCCACUAACUCCGUUUCAUCCCCACUGCCCACUAAGGACUAGGGUGCCCUCCCCACUGCCCACUAAGGACUAGGGUGCCCCAUGCUCACACUUCCAUGGCAGUCCCUUCACCUCCAACCCCUCAAAGACAACAGUGGCGGAACUCCUCUGUGCCUACUUUUUUAUAUGUCUGCGUCUCCAGUAGAGGGCCAUUCUCAGGCUGCCUGUUCUGGAGGCUCUUCUGGCCCAUCUUCAAGCAACUUACUGAUAAAUCCUCACCCCUCCCUUCCCAACAAUGAUCUCUGCAAACUCCCUUCUAAAAAGGGCUAGGGGAUAGGUGGGGUAACGUGCCUUGGAGACUUAACAGUACAACUUUCUUUUCAUCUUUGGGAAAGUCCAACAGGGAAUGAUAGGGAAAAGGAGCUGAGAGCAGAGGGGGUUCGUGCCCAGUGUGGGGCCGCCACUGCCCAACCUGCUUUCCCUGAAACUUCCUCUACUGCAACCAAAAUGUGGUGCGUCACUCACAGACCUUCUAGGUAAGACUUCACUGUGAAAGUAAAGGAUAAAAUCCAGGUGUGUCCAGGGCAGGGAGGCCCUGUACUUGCAUCAAGGAAAUCUGAGCAACAGUCAUUGUAGUUCUAAAAUGAACACAGUGCCUGCGGGUGUCCUUUCUUCCUCUGCUGCAUUCUGCCUAUAAAAAUGUUUCUCUUUCUCUUUCAGGCAUCUUCUAAGGCAGAGAUGUAAUCUGUCGGCUAAAACCUGGCUGGUGGGAAGCUUUCAGGAAGCCCUUGUAAGAGCCAUUUGUAACACUGAAAUCACAGGGGGAACUUAACUCUAAUGUAACUAGUUUUAAAAUGCCUUUCUCUUCCCUGAAGUAAGGGCUAUUGAGUUCCUAUCUUUAUUUAAAGUGAAUCCUUCCAAACUAAGGUUUUCCUUUUGGUGCUUCUCAACAAAAGCAUGUGGCUUUGCAGUUUUUGAUAAAAUAAUGCUAAUAAGGUUUACAGGCCUAUCAUCCCCUUCAAUCCAGCUAAAAACAGCAGAGCUGCUAAAAUAGUCUACCUGCUAUAAAGGUCAUUUAAAGAAGGUUCGUUUGAGAGAGAAGGUGCCAAAUACAUGGAAUUCUCAGGCAUACCAGAAGACCCAGGAGACUGAAAAAACUGAAUGGUUGGCCAGGAACUUGAGUCUUUUCAUAAACUUAAGCUUAGGUUUAUAAAUCCCCCUUGAAGAUUUUAGAAGAGACUUUAAGUCUCCAAUAGUUCUCAAAUUAUUUUGGGUUGUUAGGACACAUUUUAAGUUAUCUUAGGGGUCUAGUAAUGCUCCGUCUGCCUGCCUAAGAUCUUAAAGGAAAACGUGUCAGACAUAGGGAACUGCUACUGAGCUUUGCAAGACUAUGGACCUGAUUAUCCACACCUAAAGGGCACCUCUAGGAGGACGCGUCUAUCCACGCAUUCCUACUCUGUCUUGGAAGAGCAGUCCAAGAUCAGGGAAGAAGAGGGCAUGCGGUCACUAGGGAAGGAAAAAAGGGAAAUGUUUGGUUGCAUGAUACGUAACUUGAUAGGGAAAAAAAAGAAAUCUAUGGAUCAACCAUUUAAAGCAUCAAUUGUAAAGCUUUUUAAAGCAAAACGAUCAGCUAUUGCUGGUAACCAAUUCUGCAAAAAAUCAAAACAAAAAACAACCUUUAAAACAUUUCUCUUGUGCCAUGAAUGAACACGGAAGAAAGCAUGUCCCACCCCACCCCCCCCCCCCAACGUAUCUGUAGCGUUAUGGUGGGCUAGGACUUAUGGAAAGGAUUUUUUGCACUUAAACAUCUUUUUUCAAACUCCUUCCAGAGUCUCAUUUGAGGAGGGUUCUUUUAAGAAAGGAAGAGCUUAUGUUUAUAAAAAAUGCACAGAUCAUUUUAAAUCUAAAGGUGACAUUAGAACAAUUAUUCUCAUGAGAUUUCUGAUACUCCUCAGAAGAGAACAUUUAAUACAAAAUUACCUUCUUUAAAAGAAAUUCAGGCCUUUAAUCUUGGUUCCAUAGUGAGAUUUAAGAAGAUAAAACCCCUCCAGAGCAAAUAAUUCUAUAUGUAAAAUUUCCUUAGGAACGACAGAUAUGUCUAAUGGCCUUUGUUCUUUUAAUUUUUUUUAAUGUUUAUUUAUUUUUGAGAGAAGGACCGAGUAUAUGUGCACGAGUGGGGGAGGUGCAGAGAGAGAAUCCCAAGCAAGCUCCGCACUGUCAGAGCCGGACGUGGGCCUUGAUCUCAUGAACUGAGCCAAACCAGGUGCCCCUAAUGGCCUCUGUUCUUGAAUUGAUCUAUUUUCUCUUCUCUUUGUGGCUAUAAAUUGGUACGUGCCUUUCUACUGAGUGUUACGGGAUAGCCCUGAGGCGUUAAACCCACUUAUCUGCUAGUAUAUGAGAGACAGUUUCUAUUAGGUUCACCAAAAAACCUAAGAUGACAACCCUACAGAAACAGACUGGCCAAUGAUACAGCAACUGAAUGCUGAGUAUGCCAUUCUGUUCCCAUCCAGCCUAAUAAUUACCAGCUUCACCUGAUAGGAAUUUUCAGAGUAUUUUAUUUCGGAAUAACCUGUUUCCCAGGAAAGUUUUUGUUUAUCUCCUUUGAAGUAAGGUGUGACUGAAGAUACUCGGGACCUAGCUAUGAAUGCUACUGAAGAGUAUCAACAGAACCGUUAAUUAUAUCUUUAGCAGUGCUUAUAAGCAGUUUAAGACCACCUUGAAGACUCAGGUUGAAAUCGUUUCAUCCCAGGAAGGUGCUGCCAGCAGCAUUUCCAUGGGCAAACGUGGCAGGGUCAGACUCGCAGAGAGUCCGGCUGGCCACUGCACCGACUGCAGUUGGUACACAUGAGCCUGAAGGACAGCAUUAGCUUGCACUGACAUAGCCAUAGUUACCUGUCGUAAACUUUCCUAGUAGUCCCUUUAAAUCAGUAGAAUUGAAGUCCACGGGGAAGUGGUAGUACUAAGAGCUGGACUGGCGGUUUCGAGCCCUGGGUUCGUGUUGCAGCUCCGUGGCUAGGCUCAUCUGCAGAUAGGAGACAGUAUCAAUACAGGGCUGUUUUUCAGCUUAACUGGGGACAUAAAGUAGGGUUGACCUAAAAGAUGCUGCAGUGGCAGCAUGCAUGCUAAAGGCAAUUUCAGUCGCAAGUCAAAGAACGGGACAUUUUGCUUAGGCCAGAAUGGCUAUCGUUCUGCAAGGACUUCCCAGAGAUUGUAACCAAUCAGGCUUAGAACACUUCCCUUAUUCCCACAGCUGAUUCAUGGAAGCCACUGACAUUAAAAUAUGACAAGUGGGAAUUCCCCUUAUUAAAUGAACAAAUUAUUACUUGAAGCGUUUGUACUCGGAGACAUCUUGCGGGAAGCCCAGUCUUGACUGCUGUGGGGGAAAGAACACUAGAUUUUCAGACCUAAAUAAGUAUGUAAAUAUGCUUACAUCUUAAAAUAAGUUCAUGUAAUAUUUCUUGCUAGCUCACCAGUAAGCUGACAGUUGGAACAGCUUGCUGUAUAAACUGAAGUGCACAGCAUCACACUAACAUUUGUAUUAUUCAUCUGUUUUAGGAAAUAGCUUCUGAAUUCUUUCCCCCUCUAUACGGUAUCAGUAAGGCAAAAAACAAACUUCCGAAAAAAACACAACUUCACCCACAUAACUGUUGGUAACUUGAGGGAUUUUUCAGUUGCCUUAUGCGAGGAUGAAUAGAUCCAACAAGCACAUCUAUAAUACAAAGUAAACUAUGAUUUUAUUGUGAAAUUCUCAGAUGGAAAAUUAAAUUGAAUAUUCUGUCCAUUUCAUUUUACAAUAAUCUUACCACUUAUUUUUGUACCAUGUAUUUCAAUUGCCUGUUCAGUGAAAAUAAAGAAACCUAUCGUUU